GCGCGCAUCCUUCACCAUGGCGGACGACACCACCAUUCACAGACGAACAUUCGCCAUCGAUCCGCAGUUCGAAGAAGGCGACGGGUUGCUACCCAUCUCCCAACAGGAUGAGAAGCUUUUUCAACCCAAGAAAACAUCCUCUUCCAAGUCCAAUUCGUUACCUAAAAUUGACAGACCUGCUUUCGCCAUAUUGGUAUUAUUAUAUUUAUUACAAGGUGUACCAGUAGGCCUUGCAUUCGGGUCAAUCCCGUUCAUCCUCAAGACAAAGUUGACAUAUUCACAGGUUGGAAUCUUUUCUUUGGCCGCCUAUCCAUAUUCCAUGAAAUUGUUGUGGUCGCCCAUAGUCGAUGCCAUGUACUUUCCCAAGAUCGGAAGAAGAAGAUCGUGGAUUAUCCCGAUCCAAACCAUAUCGGGGCUCACGUUGAUAUACUUGGGGUCCCAAAUCAACCAGUUGAUUGAGAAUCCACUUGAUAACUUGCCUAAAAUCACUCUGUUUUUCUUUAUCUUGGUGUUUUUCUGUGCCACCCAAGACAUUGCAGUGGAUGGAUGGGCAUUGACGUGCUUAUCUCCCGAAGGGUUGAGCUUUGCAUCCACAGCACAAACUAUCGGUAUCAAUGCCGGGUAUUUUUCGUCCUUCACUAUCUUUUUGGCUCUAAGCUCACCAGAUUUUGCCAAUAAGUACCUCAGGUCAGAACCUCUUGAUGAGGGUUUGUUCACCAUGGGAUCGUACUUGCGGUUCUGGGGGUGUAUGUACUUGCUUGGAACCGUGGUGGUGUGUUUUGUUCCCGAAGAUCCUCCUCAUUUGGCUCAGCAGAACCAGGCUAAAUUGGCCAAUGAGAGAAUCAAGUUAGAUGGCUUUGUGAACAAGUCCAAUAGCAAGAUCUUGGGAGUACUAAAGUCUUCCAGCAAUGUGUACGAUUCAAUGUACCAGGUAUUGAAGUUGCCAAAUGUACAGACGUUUGUGGUGAUAUUGUUAAUUUCGAAGCUUGGGUUUCAGGUCAACGAAGCAGCCACAAACUUGAAGUUACUUGAGAAAGGUCUUUCGAAAGAGGAUUUAUCCAUUACGGUGCUAGUGGACUUUCCGUUCGAGAUGGUCUUUGGUUACUAUUCAGGUAGAUGGUCCACUGGUAAGAAACCGUUGAAACCCUGGUUGUUGGGGUUUGCCGGAAGACUUUUUGCAGCUUUUUUGGCCCAGUUGGUGGUGUACAAUUUCCCUAGUGAUGGGAAGGUUUCCACUUCCUAUUUCUUGGUGAUAAUUGUCCAGCACUUACUCGGGUCGUUUAUGUCAACCAUUCAGUUUGUUUCAUUGUGUGCAUUCCACACCAAAAUAGCUGAUCCUGCCAUUGGGGGAACAUAUAUGACUACUUUAAACACCCUUUCCAACUAUGGUGGGACUUGGCCCCGGUUGAUCAUAUUCUACUUGAUUGAUAAGUUGACGGUGUCUUCUUGUUCUUUGGGCUACCGAAUCGUGUCGGAGACCAUCAAACAAAAGUGUUUAGGAGAUGGAGGAGAGGUGCAAAUUAUUAGGGACGGCUACUACUAUACGAAUUUUCUUUGUAUCUCUUUGGGAAUUGUCAUUUGGCUUUGGGUUAGGAGAAAGGUGGAGCAUUUACAGGCAUUGCCCAAUAGUGCAUGGAGAGUCAGUAGAGAGAAGUAGCAACAUUAGUAAUAUUCGCACUGAGCUUAGUAAACAUAGAGAAGUACCCGAGCAAACCUAAAUAUAAAGUUUCUC